CCCACGGUACGUGAACGCAGCAAAAGUUCGAAAAGUAUGGCGGCGGUGUGUUUGACAACAUUAACAGAGCAAUGGAUACGUGACAGACUUCAGUUAAAACACCCUUUUCUUGGUGAUGUUCGGACACUGAGUCUCCCAGGGACACAUGAGGAGAAAAUCAGGCAUCUUGGAAGUGCUCUGAAUCAUUUUUGCCGUCUAAAAUCUCUGGAUCUGUCUUACAAUGCCAUCGUCUCGUUGGAGGGGGUGAAGCACUUGAAGAAGCUGGAGAGGCUGAUUCUUUACUAUAACUGCAUACCAUCCCUAGAAAAAGUACAAGUGCUGUACGAACUGCCAGCUUUAAGGGAGCUGGACCUCAGGCUUAACCCUUUGACCAAAAAUUGCCCGGGCUAUCGACCACAUCUGGUUCACGCCAUGCCCAACCUGCGAAAACUUGAUAACUUCCCAGUCAGAGACACAGAGCGCAAAGCUGCAAUACUUGAGUUCUCCACUCAACGUCCCUCUCUGCAGCAAAGUAGCUUGUCCCUGGACGGACAGCUGGGCCUAGGCAACGAUAUUGUGUUGAAUUUUGUUGAAGCAACUACCAGAGAUCAAGGGGAAGCUGACUCUCUUUACAAGGAGGUGGCGGAGCCUAAAAGAGAAGAGCCAGAUGACUUUGUGGUGCAGAGGUGUUCAACUCCAAAGAAGGAAUUGGCCAAGUCCAUCCUUCGGUAUUCCUCCACUAAAAACUCUUUUGCUGAGUCCAAAGACUCGCAGAUGAACACGCUACCUCAUAAUCUAAGCUCAACAUCACCGAAAGGAGCCGAAAGACCAAAAGUGUCGUUUGGCCCCGUUUUUGAGAAACACAAAACUGUGUCUGGAAAACAAAAACAAACUGACUCGUCCAGCCUAACCAGACACAAGGCCAGGGGUCAUUUUACCGCAAAUCCUGCUCAAAGUGAACACCGUGGCUCUUCGUUUGGUGACAUUCGCCCUCCCAGUCCGCUGCGUUCUGGUUUAAACCUUGCAGAUCACUCCAACCCCGUACUGCAUCCGGCCAGGCUGACCUACUCGAGCUUUAACAAGACGGAAGGGAGAUCUGACCGACAGCCGCAAGCUGAAAAGAAAAAAAAGGGUGGUUACCGGAAACCCCUGGAAAUGCUCCUCAAUUUGGUGGACAAACACUGGCGGGGGGAGAGAUCGCUGCAUUACAACAACAGCUUCCUGUCUCAGGCGGUGCAGAUUCUCUCCAUGAUGGAGAGCAAUAUUUCCAGUCGGGAGGCUGAGGUCAGGACCUUAAGACAGGAUGUGAACGCGCUUCGCUUCCAAGCGCUCUCACGAGAGAACGAGCACAGAGCAGAAGUGUGUGACCUCUCCGCCCAGCUGGAGGAAGCACGUAGAGAGGCGGGCAAGCUGAACGAGCAGCUCAGGAUCGUGUUGGAGGAGAAUGUCGCCCUGCAAAAACAGCUCAUCAAGUUGGAGCGGCAGUAUCUGAAGUCGAUGAUGAAAAGUUCACCGGUUACUCAGAUCCGAGAGGCUCAGACAGAAGUGGAGGAGCUGAGGAAAGAGAUCGAGGGCCUCAGGAAAAAAGUGCAGGAGGCCGAGAAACUCCAAGAACUGUCAAACAUGCUUCAGGAAAGCCACAGGUCCCUGGUGGCUACAAACGAAUGUUUGCUUGCCGAGCUUCGGACAGCCGCGGAACAUUAAAGCCAUAUUGGGACACCAGGAUUGCGUGUCAAAGCAGAAUUAUGCCAAGCUUCAUAUAAGCAAUAGGUACAGCAUUUUUGUCAUUUUCUGCGUAAUUUGAGCCGCUGCAGGUCAGGCCAUUUGCAUUGUGUACAGUCCGCUCGCAUUUUAAUGAAGUGUCCUUUUAUUCUGAAUGAUUAUAUAUGGGGUGUCCUCUUGAUAUAAACAGUUAAGAGAACUGCAAUUCAUUCAUGAAAGCUUGUAUAUAAGAGUGUGUCAGGGCUGUUAUGUUAACAAAUGAUUUUAGGGGGAAACUACGAAGGUCGUGAUGUGUUUCCUGGAUCUGUAGCAAGAUUGUGUCUGCAUUUUUUUUCCUUCUUUUUUUUUAGGUCAGCCGUGUAUCCAUCUGCUUUCUACGCUGCCGUGGAUUGAAUGCAUCAGGACUGCAGCUGCACUGUGACUUUAUUUAUAUGUCUGCCUCGGGCCCGGAGAGCCGCUAACACACACACACACACACACACACACACACGCAUGCACACUUUCCUCCUGCAAACCUUCAUACGAGACUUGGCCCAGCGCCUUAGAAGCGAGCUGAAUGUAGCCGCGGCUUUUAUCUGGAUUUUACAGGUCACUGAGCGGAUGGUGCGACCGCUGCAGAAGCACCCCUGAAAAGGCCAUAAAACGGAUAUAUCUUUUCUGCUUAUUUAUUUUUCAGUAAUGCAAUAUAAAUCAAGAACACACUUUUUAGAGGCAUUGAGAACAAGAAAAAGUAGUACACUGCAUGCACUUGGGGCACAAUAGUACUUGAAAAGUUGUUUUGUUUUUGUUUUUUUCUUUUUUAGAAAAAAAAAAAACCCAAAUAUUUCCUCCACAUUAAAGGUGCACAAUAUUUGGCAUUAAAAACACAGAAAGAUACUCAAGCUAACACCAAAAAAGCUGCUAGUUUCGCACUCGAUGCAUGAUUCUUCAUCAGCUGAGGCUACAGGUAGUGUGUCACACACAAUACUGUUAUGUUGGAAAAAUAUUUUACAAAAAAAUUGUUGUAUGCAGUUUUCCCUUGGAUCUGGUAGAGUAUGUAAGUAAACAUUAAACCCCUGCUUUCAUCAGGUAAUUACCGUGCCUCAGAUGACAGUAGCUUCCACAAAUAAAAGGUACAGACAAAUAGGGUAGCAUUAGAGGACAGCUUACUUUGUACAAGUACAAAUACAUACAGUCAUUGCAGGCAAAUACAAGGUUUGAUCAUGAUCCCACAGUUUCGAUACUUAAUUUUAUUUAUUUAUUUUUUUUUAACCAAGAAAAUACUUAGGUCUGACCAGUAGUCUGUAAUCACAUCAGGCACAGCAGUUUAGGAGGAGAAAAAACCCAAAAACCUCUGUCAUCUAUAUGCUUCUGAAUCAAAUGCAAUAUACACAACAUGCACGAGGUACAGCAACACAGAAAAACUAAAUGCGUACGUAAAAAUCAGUGUCUUAAAUUAGGCUAAUUGGCAGAAACUGUUUAGAGUAUAUACACAACCUUAAAGCAAAUAUAUUAGAGAUACUGUGUAUAAAUCUGAUAAGGAGAUAACGUAACUAAAAUGUUGAAAAUACAAUCUUGUAAAACUGAGCUUAGCAAGUGGGGGAAGAUCGUCUGCCUAAAAUGCAUGUUGGUUUGUGUAUAAUUAAAUACCGAAAGAUCAGAAGAAUAAUUAUGUUUAAAAACCAUUAUUAAAAGGGCAGGUCUUUUAUUACGCUUCAUGAAUUAUAAAGUAGAAAAGUUGUGCCAGAGAUUUUAAUGCCUCUAAUUUACUUCAUUGGUCUUAGAUAUGUAUACUAAUUAUCAAAAUUAGAGAAACCCAGAAAGGCUAGAUGCAUAACUUUUUUUUUUAAUUGCUUAAAGUGAGAUUUUACUCUUGCAAACAAAAAAAUAACUUAAUUUGAUAUCUUUUUGAGGGUGUAAUGUUUUUCGUCUAACCAGGAUAGUUGGACCGAUGCAAUCAUUCCCUACAAGAUUUUCUUGAAAAAAUACGCACACGAAUAAUGUGUUUCCAUUAUUCAAAUGGGUUUAGGAAUCUCUGCGUUAUUUAGUGAGUCUAUGAAAGAAACUUAAAAACUGGACCGCAGGUUUCCUAAACACAGAAUUGAUAAGUGCAGGUGGGGGGGAAAAAAAAGCACUGAAGAUGAAAUGAGGGAUUAAAGUUCUC